AUGGCUGCUGAGGAGAACUACCUGCACGCCUCCAGCCAGAUGUUCGACGCCAUGAUUGACCCGUCCUUCCUGGAGUAUCCCCACUUCCACGUCCCGAUGCCUCAGAUGACGGCUCUGCAGUCAGUGGACGGACCGUUCCUGCAGAUCCUGGAGCAGCCCAAACAGCGCGGCUUCAGGUUUCGCUACGGCUGCGAAGGUCCGUCGCACGGCGGCCUGCCGGGAGCCUCCAGCGAGAAGAACAGGAAGACGUACCCGACGGUGAAGAUCUGUAACUACCAGGGUCAGGCCCGGGUCGUGGUCCAGCUGGUGACGGCGCUGACCCAGCUGCCGCAGCUUCACGCUCACAGCCUGGUGGGGAAGCAGUGCGAUAAAGGCAUCUGCAUUGCUGACCUGCAGUCCAAAGACUCCACCAUCAGUUUUCCCAACCUGGGGAUCCUCCAUGUGACCAAGAAGAACGUGGCGAAGACGCUGGAGGAGCGGAUGGUGGAGGCCUUCAGGAUGGGCUACAACUGCGGCGUCGCCAUCCACCCGGAGGUCGACGCGCUGCAGGGGGAGGUCCGGGUCCCGCGGGAGCUCAACGACCACCAGCGCAGCAUGAUCAGCAGCGCCGCAGCCUCUCAGGCCAAAGAGAUGGACCUGAGCGUGGUGCGCCUCAUGUUCACCGCCUUCCUGCCCGACAGCGACGGCGGCUUCUCCAGACGCCUGGAGCCCGUGGUGUCCGAGCCCAUCUACGACAGCAAGGCUCCAAACGCCUCAAACUUGAAGAUCGUCAGGAUGGACCGGACCGCCGGCUGCGUGACGGGGGGAGAGGAGGUCUACCUGCUCUGUGACAAGGUCCAGAAAGAUGACAUCCAGGUGCGGUUCUAUGAGGAGGACGACUCGGGGCUGACCUGGGAGGCUCUGGGCGAUUUCUCCCCCACAGACGUCCACAGACAGUUUGCCAUCGUCUUCAAGACCCCGAAGUAUCGAGACCAAAACCUGCAGAAACCGACAUCUGUCUUUGUCCAGCUAAAGAGGAAAUCCGACAAUGAGACCAGCGAGCCCAAACCAUUCACCUACCAUCCGCAGAUCAUAGAUAAAGAGGAGGUUCAGAGGAAGAGGCAGAAGACGUUGCCGAACUUCCAGGACUUCAGCGGACAUGGAGGAGGAGGAGGCGGGGGGCUGUACCGAGGUGGAGGAGGUCCGGCUUCAGGAGUAGGAGGUCCAGGCUCAGCAGGAGGAGGAUACUACCAGGGUUUCUCCACCUACAGUUAUGGAGGAGCAGGAGGAGGAUUCUCCUCAGCGUACUCAGCUGGUCUUGGAGGAGGCGGCGGCACAAAGCAUGCUUUGCAGAGUGAAGCUGCAGAUGACAGCGACCCGGACAGCGACCCGGACAACGACCCGGCAUCGGGCGCUGUGCUACGAGGCUCCGCCCAGUCAGAUGGCUCCAGUGUGGAUCCAGACGAGGCGCUGAUGGAGGCGACCCGCAGGCAGCUCGACGCUCUCUUCCGAUACUCCAUCACCGGCGACUCGGCGUACCUGCUGGCUCCACAGCGCCCCCUGAUGGCAGCACAGGACGAAGACGGAGACACUGGGCUACAUCUGGCGGUGCUGCACAGCCAGCAGGAGGCGCUGGCGAGUCUGACCCAGGUGGCGUCAGCUCUGACGGGAGAGGAGGUGCUCAACAUGAGGAACCACCUGUACCAGACUCCUUUGCACCUGGCGGUCAUCACUCAGCAGAAGCGGGCGGCCGAAGUUCUGCUGCUGGCUGGCGCCGACCCGACUCUGACAGAUCGCCACGGCAACACAGUUCUUCAUCUGGCGGCGCAGCAGGAAGGAGACGGGAUGGUGCAGCUUUUACUGCGACGCAGAGAGAUGAGAGAGCUGCUGCAGUUCAGCAACACAGCAGCUGCUCUCCUGCCUCCCUCAGGUCUGUGUGCCAUCCACCUGGCGGUUCUGGCCAAUCGGCUGUCGGCGCUCAGGGAGCUCCUGGUGGGCGGGGCCGACGUGGAGGCUCAGGAGCGCAGCGGCGGACGCACCGCGCUGCAUCUGGCCACGGAGACCGACAACGUGUCGCUGGCCGGCUGCUUGCUGCUGGAGGGAAACGCCAAGGUGGACAGCUGCACCUUCAACGGCUCCACCCCCCUGCACCUGGCCGCGGGGCGGGGCUCCGUCAAGCUGACGGCUCUGCUGAUGGCUGCAGGUGCUGACCCGCAAAAGGAGAACUUUGAGCCACUCUUCAUCAGGGACGAGGAGGACGAGGAGGAGGAGGAGGAUGAAGGCUACAUCUCAGGAACCACUCCAGUCAACAUGGCUGCCUGCCCUGAGGUUCUGGAUCUGCUAAACGGUCAAGAGUACGAGCCCAGGAGCCAGCGAGCCUUCGUCCUGCCACAGGGCGACCUGUCGGUUCUGGACGUGCAGGUGAAGCGGGCCGUGUGUGGCGCUCUGGAGGUUGAAGGAUGCUGGGAGAACCUGGCUCACCAUCUGGGCCUCGGCAUCCUGAACACGGCGUUCCGGCUGAGUCCAAACCCAGCCAGAACCCUGCUGGAGAGCUACGAGGUUUCUGGUGGGACUGUUUCGGACCUGCUGGCGGCUCUCCGGUCGGCAGGCGGCUGCAAAGCGCUGAGCAUCCUGGAGGGGGCGCUGCGCCAGAACCCGGACACGGCAGAGGAGGUCCAGAACCCUCUGGUCCAGAACCUGAAGGCGGACCUUGGGAACGACAGUGGCGUCUGCGACAGUGGGGUGGAGCUCUCCACGGCGUAGCGCUCUGAUUGGCCAACAUCCUCAUCCUCCUCUUCAUCACUCAAAGAUUCUACGUAUUGUAAAGGUCAGGCCCGAGUUGGACCGGAACCGGACCUGGUCGAACCGGACC